UCCGUGCGCAUGUGCUCCCCCUUGCGUUGCUCGACAGACCCCCCACGUUGCUGUCGACGAGUGCGCCUCUCGUUCUCAGCCCCGCACAACUUCAUGGACUGCCUAAUCGAGUACUGACGGCCACGCCAGUCUAAUCUAUCGCGGGGUACACAUAAGGCCAUUUCUUAUAGAGAACGAGGCUAAAGAUGGAAUUUAAUGCGGUUCACCAGUAUCGUCCAUCGUCUAAUAGAUCAUUCACCAUCAACCAACCUUCCUCCGGACACCCAGCGCAGAUGAUGUAUCCCUAUGGCAGCAUGCCUCCGCAGCAGCCUCAACCACAAAGCAUGCAACAGGUGUCACGACCAUCGCCGCCUCAACCCACGUGGGCGGUACCACAGACCCACAAUCCGUACUAUCGUCAUAUGGCAGUGAGCAGAGAUGAAUCUCAGCACUUCGCAGCCAAGGUCGACGUCACAGCCUCUCAGUCGCCAGCCUUAACCACCUCUACUUAUCGGAAUAGUAUGAAUGGUCCCGAGAGUCUCGGGGCUACUGACUACUUUCCCGGAGUUAUCGACACCAGUCCGUGGGGUCAGAAAGGCCUAAUGAGCCAUGACGAGAACACGCCAAUUAUUGAUCUCAGGCAAUAUCAUGGUAUGGAACAGCAGGAGGCUGACAACAUGGCCACCUUCAACCCAAACUCCAACCGUCGCCUGUCCGAAUCGUCAUUUUCCAUCUCUAGUACAGGUGGCGCACUUCCAGAGGUGUCGAAUUAUGAGGAGAUGGCCUCGUCUGAGGCCGUUUCAUACGCGUCGGACUGUGAGGCAUGGAACAACCUCGAGCCAGCCCCUAGCCUACUCUCACCGCUCGCCUCUCCACGCCGCCCCCAACAUGAUAACGUCGUCCGCAGCGGCAGCCGAUCUCGCGCCUCGCCGGCCCCGCACAACAAUGUGCGCUCGUCGCCCUAUACCAUGGAGAGCAGUCGCUUCAAGCGAUGGUCCACGGGCCAUGCGCCGACUUCGACGCCGGCCAGCUCUCGUGCUCUAGCACAUGUCCAGGACCGUUUCGCGCCCUACGGACCACGACUAAAUCCUCACCACUCGAUGCCGGCGUACCCUCCAAGCGCCUUGGGCGGCUUUGGAAUGCACACCCAGAACGUGCUCUACUCGCAACCGCAUCCUCUGCAAUCCAGCAACCCUACGCUGUUUGCUUCGCCGGACCAGCCGUUCCAUCUCGAAGUCCCACGACCGCUGCCAUCGCAGGGCCUCUUCCGCCUCCUGCAAAGCAAUGCAGAUCGCCAUGGCGGCUGCGCAUCGCAUUUCGCUGAUCUCUCCGACCCACCAGAUCUGUACUCGUCCCUCCACGAGGAGCCAUCCGACCCACCAGAGUCCGACAUGAACCCUUCUGAUCCGGACCUCGUUCCGCACGAGCAGGAUCUCCGCUUCGCUGGAGACCUGUAUACCCCGCGGUGGGUCCGCGGCCACGGCAACAAGCGAGAGGGCUGGUGUGGACUGUGCAAGCCUGGCCGCUGGCUCGUGCUGAAGAACAGUGCCUUCUGGUACGACAAGUCAUUUACGCAUGGCGUUAGUGCAGCCACAGGCGCUGCAUUCCAAGGACCGCAGGAGACGCGGCGCACAGAGGGCAACCUCGAUGUCUGGGAGGGCCUGUGCGGGAGCUGCGGCGAGUGGAUUGCGCUCGUGAGUAGCAAGAAGAAAGGGACGACGUGGUUCAGACAUGCAUACAAGGUGCGUAUACACCGCCCAGUCAUUCUGCAUUCCCCAUUCGCCUAUGGCAGCGCUCGACGUUCCACAAGCUCGUGCACGCUAACGAAAGUGAUAGUGCCACACGCAUCCCAAGGUAAAGGACGGCCCUAAGCGCCGUCGUGAAACGCACGCCGUGCGCAACCG